AUGUCUAGAUUGUUAAGUUCUCAGUUAAGUAAGAACGAACAUAAAAAAUAUAUUUGUGAUCGCUGCAUGAAUUAUUUUUACAGCGGGAAUAAACUUGCUGAGCAUGAAGAGUUCUGCAGAGACAUAAACAAAUGUAAAAUGACUGUUCCCAAAUACGAUCAUGUUGCUUUUAGAAAUUUCACAUACAAACAAACCACUCCCUUUAUCAUAUAUGCUGAUUUUGAAUGUCAGUUACAUAAUUUUACAGAUUCUAAUGUAAAACUGAGCAAAACAGCAAAAUACCAAAAGCAUGUACCUUAUAGUGCAGGCUAUUACUUUAAAUGUGCUUACGAUGACAGCUUAUCAUAUUUUCGAAGCUACAGAGGUGAAAAUUGCAUGGAGUGGUUUGCAAAAGAAAUGGCUGAAAUAUCCAAAUUUGUCAAUUCUAAAAUAAAAUCAAUUGUACCUAUGAUUAAAAAGCCUAGUACAAGUGGGGCAACUGCCUGUCAUAUUUGUGAGAAACGCUUUUUAGCUACAGACAUAAUUGUUGUAGAUCAUGAUCAUUUUACCGGAGAGGUAAGAGGAUUUGCACACCAAGCAUGCAAUUUAAACUUCAGAAAGGUGUUUGUUGUGCCAGUAGCAUUUCAUAAUUUUAGUGGAUAUGACUCACAUUUCAUGAUUAUUGAUUUAUGCAAACAUGGCUACCUGAGCUUACUUCCUAUUAAUAAAGAAAAAUAUAUUUCUUUUACUCUACAUUCAGAUGAGCAUAAAAUUAGACUAAGAUUUAUCGAUACUAUGAGAUUUAUGGGAACUUCACUCGAUGAAUUAGCAUCACUUUUAGAUACUUCAGAGAAGAAGAUUUUAAAACAAGAAUUUUACAGUUUAGAUGAUAAUGCAUUUAAUUUAUUAACUUGCAAAGGAGUAUUUUGCUAUGAUUAUGUCGAUAGUUUGGAAAAAUUAGAGGAAACUUCUUUACCUACAAUUAGUCAUUUUUAUAAUAAAUUAUGUGAUGAACAUAUUAGCGAACAGAAGUAUGCUCAUGCGCAGAAAGUUUGGUCUACAUUUAAAUGUAAAAAUUUGGGAGAGUAUAGCGAUUUGUACUUAAAAACAGAUAUUUUGCUUCUGGCUGAUGUAUUUGAACAAUUUAGACAAAAAUGUAGGGAUACGUACCAUUUAGAUCCUGCGUGGUAUUAUACCAUACCAGGUUAUACAUGGGACUGUAUGCUAAGGUAUACAAAAUGUAGAUUAGAGUUAUUAAAAGAUGUGGAUAUGAUUUUGUUUAUUGAAAAAGGCAUAAGAGGCGGAAUAUCUGUGUGUAGUAACCGAUUUUCGGAAGCUAACAAUAAGUACAUGUCGACAUAUGACCCCACACAGCCCUCUAAGUACAUCAUGUAUUUAGAUGUAAAUAAUCUAUAUGGUUGGGCUAUGAGUGAAUAUUUACCUUUUGGAGGAUUUAAGUGGAUUGAAGAUGUAACCAAAUUUGGUGUUGCAUCUAAAUCCACUAAACUUUCCAAGGGUCAUAUUGAUAUUAUGUCAAUUCCGAAUGCUGCGAAGGAGGGCUAUUUCUUUCAAGUUGACUUAGAGUAUCCACGUGAAUUACACGACAAACAUAAAGAUUUUCCAUUUGCUGCCGAACACCGCAUUCCUCCCGGUUCAAAACUACCAAAAUUAUUGCCAACUCUUUUUAAUAAGUCAAAAUAUAUUAUUCAUUAUAGAAAUUUAAAGCAGGCUUUAUCUAACGGAUUAAUUUUAACUAAAAUACAUAAAGUUUUGAAAUUUAAUCAAUCUGCAUGGCUGCGACCCUAUAUUGAGUUAAAUACUAACUUACGGGCUGCAUCUAAGAGCAGUUUUGAGAAAAAUCUCUAUAAAAUGAUGAACAAUGCUGUGUUCGGUAAGACCAUGGAGAAUAUAAGGAGGCAUAGAACUGUAAAAAUAUGUAAAAAUUGGAAUGGAAGGUAUGGAGCCAAAAACUUGAUUGCAAGUAUUCGGUUUCACAGUCGUACUAUCUUUAGUGAAAACCUAGUGGCCAUCGAACUAACCAAAUCAGUGGUGUGCUUUAAUAAACCUUUGUAUAUAGGUGCAGCAAUCCUAGACAUAUCAAAAUUAUGUAUGUAUGAUUUUCAUUACUCCUUCAUGCUUCCAACGAUGGGAGAAGAAAAUUGUAUGUUAUUGUACAUGGAUACAGAUAGCUUUAUAUAUAUGAAUUACAGUGUUUAG